AUUCGAAAUUUUUUUUUGUUUUGCUAUUCAUUUGCUCAUUUACCUCAAAUCAAAUAUACAAUGUCUGGACGUGGUAAAGGCGGUAAAGUCAAGACCAAAGCCAAAUCUCGUUCAUCCCGAGCUGGUCUUCAAUUUCCGGUUGGUCGUAUCCAUCGUUUGUUGCGUAAAGGAAAUUAUGCUGAACGUGUUGGCGCUGGUGCUCCAGUCUACCUUGCUGCCGUUCUCGAAUAUUUGGCCGCCGAAGUUCUGGAAUUGGCCGGUAAUGCAGCCCGUGAUAACAAGAAAACCCGUAUCAUUCCUCGACAUUUACAAUUGGCCAUCCGUAAUGAUGAAGAAUUGAACAAAUUGUUGAGUGGUGUGACCAUCGCCCAAGGUGGUGUGUUGCCCAACAUUCAAGCCGUAUUGUUGCCGAAGAAAACCGAAAAAACUGCUUAAUUUUAAAUUUCAAUCAUUUUUCAUAUAAAAACGGUCCUUUUUAGGGCCACUAAAUAAUUGCGAAUAAGAAAUGAGCUUGUAUUGUAAGCGAUUUCCUGAGUUCUUAUCAUAUAUGUGUAAAUAAAUUUUUUUUCUAAAA